AUGAGAUGCCCGCCAGGGAUAGUAGAAACUACCUAUUUAGUCUGUCUGCGCACCAAGCUCCCGGCAUAUCUCGGCCCCAUCUCUGGUCGGAGGAGACUAGUCAUCGAGUCUUUCAGGGGAGAAUCAAGGCACGGAGCGUCCGAUAUAUGCAGGGAUAAAUGGUUCGAAUCCAGGACUCGACGGUAG